UUGUUCAACUAUGAACUACUUAAAUUAACAUAAAAUAACUUUAAUAAAUACAAUGCAACAAAAUAAUUUUUCCAAUCAAAUGAAUCAAAGUUGUCCACCACGUUUUCAACAUUCAACAACACCAACUAUUGUUGACCGCAUUGUUUUUCCCCAAAUGAUUAAUGAUGUCAGGUAUCAAUCAAGUAACAUAUUUGAUCCUAGACAUUUAGAUCUACAAAACGCAUUGAAAUUAGACUCCCAUUUUAAUGGUAAUGUAGAUUUUUUUAAACAUCAUGACAAGAAUGAGUUUUAUGACAACUAUAGAUAUGUGGAAACACAAAUACCAUUGAAACCAAAUUCUUAUAAAAAUUCUGGUCGCUCACAGGUUAUUGAAGUCAAAAAUAAAAUAUCAGUCGAUGUUUCUACUAUGACUGACCCUCUUACAAUAGAAGAACAAGAAAGGCUUGGCCAGUGGGAGGGCUUUGCUGCUGUUCAAUCUGGCAACAAAGUUGCUGAAUACCUAACUAGCCUGAGAGAAUUUCUUAAGCUGUCUCCUCCACAAAAAGGAAAGAGAAGACAAGGAUUAGGUGAUGUUCGAAUAGUUACAUCUCCUGAUGGUUCUAGGUUAUAUUGCUGUUCUGAAUGUUUAAUGGCAUACACUGAUAAAACUGUUUUGGAACAUCACCUAGCCAAUCAUAAGGUAGAACGUAGAUUUAUAUGUAUGGAAUGUGGUGCUGGUUUAAAACGAAAAGAGCACUUAGAUAGACAUCAAUUAAGUCAUAGCGAUCAUAGACCAUAUACAUGUGCUGCAUGUCCCAAAACUUUUAAGCGUAAUGAACAUUUGGCUCGACAUUAUAUUGUGCAUUCAGGAGAAAAAACACAUGUUUGUGUAGAGUGUGGAAAAGCAUUUUAUCGUCGUGAUCAUUUACAAAAACAUGUUCAGGGUCAUAUUACCAAAAGACUCAAAGCAGUAAUCAAAGCUGCUGUUUAAUCAAAACAAUAUUCAGUUUAAGCUCAUGUAAUUAUAGUGCCUUGUUUAUAAAUCUAAUCUUUAUUUUUUCAAACAUUACUCAGAAAAUAUGUUAGUGAAACAUUUAAAUUCAGUUAACAAAUAG